GCAGCAGCCACAGGAGCAGCGACGGCUUCCACGUGGCGGACUCGGACAGGAGCCAGAAGACCGUGCCGCCCCUGCUCGGGCGGAGGGAAUCGCUCAAGACGCAGAGGCCUUGGCACAUCGCGAUCUCCCGCUGGGUUGUCGACAGCAGGGCAUUCAUAGUCACCACGACCCUCCUCACAAUCUACGCCCUCAUCGGCGACGACAUUCGCCUGAUGGCGACG